GCUGCGCUCAGCCCUGCAGUGCGGAGGUGGCAACAGGUUCCAGUUUGUCCUGCUGCUGGCGCAGCGGGCGCUGCUGGCGCCGGGCAGCCAGCGCUCACUUUCGAGAUUGAAUCCCCCCUCCUGAACGCUCUGUCCCCGCGGGAGGGCUGGCCAGCAGGGGUCUGGAGCGAGGCGCGGGGGAGGGCUCCCUUGGAGCCUAGCUUCCCCUCCCCUCGCCACUGCAGAAGUGGCCUCCCUCCUCCUCCUAACUUCCCAGCCUGGCUCUGGUCACCUCCCCCAGGGAGCCCUCUCCAGGAAGCACGCUUGGGCACCUCAGGAGCUCCCAGCUCUCCAGGGGUCCACGACCCUUCUCUCCCACCACACUAAGCCCCCUGGAGAGGGCCCUGGCGGGGGCUGCCACCCCCACUCCCCACAGCACUGCCGAGCCAGGUGCCCUAGGCUGGCACACUGACGGGCCCCUUGGUGCCUUCAGCCCCUGCCCACCCCUGGGCUCCUGCCCGCAGCUGCAGCAGGCCAGUGGGCAGGUGGCAGCCCAGCUCUGCCUCUGGGAGCUGGGAUGUAAGAGAAAGGAAGUGCCCCCACCUGGGCACUGCGGUCUGGAGCACAGAGGAGGGAGAGAGAAGCCUGCCCCAGGAAGGUGCCUGGAGGGGUGAGGAAGGAAGAGUAUUGGGACAGGCUGCAGGUGGGGGGGGGGAGGCUGAGGCUGGAGGGAAUAGGGGCACAGCCCAGCUGCCUGAGGCGCCUGGCUGCAGGCGGUCCCAGACACCGGGACUGAUGGGAGGCAGGGGGCCGCUAGAGGCCCCUCGGAGGCGCCCUGGCUCUCUGCAACCUGCGUUACCUCCCAAGUGGUCUCAUCGGACUUUGUGGUCCCAGCGAGGAGUGAGCGUUUGGACUGAGCCCUCCUAAAGUGGCUUUGCACACUUCACUCCCUAGUUCCAGGUCUUGUGUGCAUCGCUCUGCCUUCUUUUACUGAGUUCUUUGGGGUAGAUUUCCCAAAGUGGCCAGAGGGUGUGGCUGGCAUUUCUUCUUAGCUUUGGAUGCAUGUCACCGGAUUAAUUUCCAAAAGGGCCAUACCAGCAGAGAACCCUCUAGAAACCAGCAAUCGAGUGGCAGGCCGAUUUCACAGCAUCCUUGCCAGCACUGGGUGUUCUCAUUUUGAGACCCCGUUCCCAGUGUAGCAGGUGGGAGGUGUUAGCCUGUGUUUGUCAUUCACUCGCCUGCGGUGCUCUCCCUGGGUCCCAUCUCCCCGCCCACGCGGUCUCUUCUGGUCCCUUGGCCAUUUAUCUAUUGGAGCCUUAACCUUUUGAUUAACUUGUAUGAGCUUUAUCUUAUCUGCUGCACAUUUUCCUUCGGCCCUGCUAUUUGCUUUAGAUGGGUUUUAAGCAGAGAAGGGACACAGAGCCAGACUUUUCAGAAAGCUCCCCCACCUUAUUUCAUUGUCUCAGCCCUUAUCAUGCCCCGUAUUAUCUUGUUCGGUCUCCCCGUUUAUUGCCGGCCUGUCCCGCUAGCCGCUAGCCGGGGCGUGCCGGGCGAGCAGGGGCCAGUGUGUCCCGUCUGUUGAUCCUCCUGUGUCCAUGGAAGGCUUGGAGGCCCCCCGGCCUUCGCUGAGUGGAUAAGCUGCGCGGGACGGUGCCGAGGAGGUGCGAGGCAGCCGGGAGGGGCCUGACUGGCGCCGGCCGGGGGAGCUGCAGCUGGUCCCCUGCUGGGCCCCUGACCUGCCCUUGGCCUCUGCCCUGGCCCUGUCCCGCUUCGGUGGAAGCCCCGGCUCAGCGCGCCACUUGCAGGGCCCACUCAACUGCUUUCACUGGCACUCGUUGGCUCGCUGGCCCCCUGAGCCCGCCCCCGCCGCCCCGCCCCUCUAAACGGCAACUCCACGUCCAAAGGCAGCGGCUUCCAAGGUGGAAGCUGGGUCCUGCUGCCAGGAAGCGGCCAGUGUGCCGGCGGUGGUGGACUCGGCCUCCACGUGCGCGCCUGCUCCGCCGGCCCGCCCUCUUCCCAGUGGCCGGGCCCGAGGACACCCUGCCCGGGGCCAGUGCCCCACAUCCUGCGGUGGCCGUGGCUGGGACGUCCAUGCACGGCCGCUCGCCGCCGGAUCACGCUCCAGCUCCUGAGACCCGAUCUGCCGGGAGCCGGGAGCCCAUGGAGGGUCUGGGCCGCUCCUGCCUGUGGCUGCGCCGGGAGCUGUCGCCCCCGCGGCCGCGGCUGCUGCUCCUGGACUGCCGCAGCCGGGAGCUGUACGAGUCGGCGCGCAUCGGCGGGGCGCUGAGCGUGGCCUUGCCCGCGCUGCUCCUGCGCCGCCUGCGGCGGGGGAGCCUGUCGGUUCGCUCGCUGCUGCCCGGGCCCCCGCUGCAGCCGCCCCCGCCCGCCCCAGUGCUCCUGUACGACCAGGGCGGGGGCCGGCACAGGCGCGGGGAGGCAGAGGCCGAAGCCGAGGAAUGGGAGGCCGAGUCAGUGCUGGGGACCCUGCUCCAGAAGCUGCGAGAGGAAGGCUACCUGGCGUACUACCUGCAGGGUGGCUUCAGCAGAUUCCAGGCCGAAUGCCCUCACCUGUGUGAGACCAGCCUCAACAGCCGUGGGGGCCCCAGUGCAGCCCCGGUGCCCAGCCCCGUGGUGGGGCUGGGUGGCCUGUGUCUGGGCUCCGACUGCUCCGAUGGGGAAUCUGAGCCCGACCGCGACUCCAUGAGCUGCGGCCUGGAUUCGGAGGGCGCCACGCCCCCCCCAGCAGGGCUGCUGCCGUCCUUCCCCGUCCAGAUCCUGCCCAACCUGUACCUGGGCAGUGCCCGGGAUUCAGCCAAUGUGGAGAGCUUGGCCAAGCUCGGCAUCCGCUACAUCCUCAACGUCACCCCCAACCUCCCGAACCUCUUCGAGAAGAAUGGUGACUUUCACUACAAGCAGAUCCCCAUCUCGGACCACUGGAGCCAGAACCUGUCCCAGUUCUUUCCUGAGGCCAUCGCCUUCAUCGACGAGGCCUUGUCCCAGAACUGCGGGGUGCUUGUUCACUGCCUGGCGGGCGUCAGCCGCUCCGUCACCGUCACCGUGGCCUACCUCAUGCAGAAGCUCCACCUCUCACUCAACGACGCCUACGACCUGGUCAAGCGCAAGAAGUCCAACAUCUCGCCCAACUUCAACUUCAUGGGGCAGCUGCUGGACUUCGAGCGCAGCCUGCGGCUGGAGGAGCGGCGCGCCCGGGCGCGGGGCAGCGGGGGGCAGGAGUCGGCGGCGUCCGACCCGCCCUCCUUCUUCACCACCCCUACCAGCGACGGCGUCUUCGAGCUGGACGCCACCUAGGGCGCCCCCCGGGCCGCCCCCCAGCGGGGGCUCCGAGCCACCCGCGCGCUGGGGAGGGGGCAGGAGGGGGCGCCGCCUGGGGGGGUGGGGGUGGGGGGAGCGCAAUACCUCAUGGGGGGCCGUGGGACGAGGCAGGAGCGGGAGCCCCUCAAGGCUGGUCGUGGGGAGAGAAACACCCUAUUAAACGUGCCUAUGCGCCGGGCCUGGGGCCACCGGCCCGACCCGCGCCGCUUUUGGGCGGAACCCCGCUCCGGAACCUGCCUCUUCUGUGACUGUUACUUUUCUCUUUGUGGUCUCCUCCUUCGGGAAGGGCGUGGGUGCCGGUUCCGGCCCCCUCCUGUGCCGCAGGGACCUGCUCCCACUCCCGUCCCUGCUCCCAGAGGCCCGCUUACGGGGAGGGGUGGGUGCCCCACCACCAGCAGCACAGCCGGAGACCUUGGGCCUCUGGGCGCAGGGGCCGCCCAGCGGCCGCGGGGACAGCCCCUUUCUGGGUGGCUCCUUGCUGGGCAGUGCUAGUGGGGAGGGCGCCGGCCCGGGAGCCGCUGGGCGGGUUCCCGGCCGCACAUCUGGCGCCCUGACUGUUUAUCCACUUGACAUUUGAAAAGAUGCUUUUUUUCCUCUUCCCCCAGAUGUCUUGACAGGAUCACUGGGGCUCUUUGUGACUGAGGGUGGUCAAACUGCCGCCAGAGGAGAUGGGGUCUCAAAGCGAGAGCUGGGGUGGGGGAGGGGAGUAAAAGGCCUAGAUUUUGCUGCUGUGGGUUCCACAGCCGUGGUCGCUUUGGGGGGCGGGGAGGGGCCCAAAGCGGUGCACACACAUGGUCAUUCAUCGCGGCACACAUCCCUCAUGGGCGGUGUGUGCGUGCAGGCGGUGUGUGUGUGUGUGCACGUGUGCACACACACACACACGCAUGCUAGCCUGCUCACGGACCCAGCCCAGGGCCAGCAGUCCCUUCAGCAGAGCCGUGUCACCCUUGGGAACCCACACCCCGGUUGCUCUAAUUGUUCCUAAAUAAAUGGUCUCUGUAAGAUCCUGAA